AUGAGUGCUGCAAAGACCACCAUUCUUCAAAAGUUAACUGCUCACACGAGCGAUGUAACGUCGCUGGAUUUUUUCGGAAAUUCGCUGCUGGUGACAGGGUCAAGUGACAAAACGGUACGCGUUUGGCGUUGGGUGGCCGGUAGUGGCUUCCAGGAGGAACCAUUCUCACCCCUGCUCGGCCACCGGUACGGAGUGACGAGUGUAUGCGUGUCGCCAAAGGGUGCUGUGCUAGCAUCCGCUUCAGUCGAUGGCACGGUCAUACUGUGGAAUCUGAGCAAUGGAGAAAUUUCCAACGUGAUCAAUCAACAAGCCGGUGAAGCAAUUCGUGCUUGCAUUUUCAGUCCCAACGGGUCCACCAUCGUCAGUUCGGACGAUAAUGGUUCUGUUUGCAUCUGGGGACAGGAUAAAAGUCUAAAGUGCCAUGUAAAAGUUCACGAUGAGGCCGUGCAUACUAUCGCUUUUUCUAGUGAUUCGGACAUUCUGCUGACGGCAUGUACGCUUGGCAAUGUGAGACUGUAUGCGGUAAGGAAUGACUUUGCUGGUGAUCUCUCAUCGGCGGACUGCUCGAUCGAUGCUGCCCAUGAUAUGGGGGUACUAUCAGCAGACUUUUGCAAAAUAGUUCAUAUCGAUCCUACCGACAAAUGUUCGUUGAUCUACACCGUCGCUACGUGCGGUACCGAUCAUUACAUCAAAAUCUGGAGAAUCUUCUUCAUGCCAAAUAACAUUAAUCGUAGUCGUCGCUCGCGACUCAUACCGACCAGCCCCCAGGAACACUUUGCCGGACAAUCGACCAUCUACAGUACUGAGGUCAUGAAUGCUAGCUGCGUACAAACGAUAUCGGCCCACGGUAGCUCUGUAACUUGCGUACGGUUUAAUCCGACUGGCACGCUGCUAUUUUCCUGCAGCCUCGAUAAAACAAUCAAAAUCUGGAACCAGCAGGGCACGUGUCUGAAGACGCUGUCGGAACAUUCGCGGUACGUGAAUUGUUUGGCCAUCAACAGCGAUUCGUCGGUGGUUGCAUCCGGUUCGAACGAUCGGACGGUGGUGGUGUGGGAUCUAACGAGCAGGUUAAGCUUAAGCUCGCACAUUACCGGCAUACGCUCGCUGUUGUUCUCGCUCGCUGCGAAGACGGCUGACAUUCCGAUCGAGUUUAUCUGUCCGAUCACGCAUGAGCUGAUGAAGGAUCCUGUGUAUGCGGAAGACGGUUUCACGUACGAACGAUCCGCAAUCAAGGAAUGGUUUUCCCGCGAGAAAGCUGUUUCGCCGAUGACCAACCUGGAAUUGUCUACGGACGAGCUGGUGGAAAAUGGGAAGCUUAAGCAGCAGAUUGAGGAUUACAUGCGGUCCCUCGAGACUGAUGCGGGUGAUGUAAACUGAUCACA